UGUUUUGACAUCGAAUCUUUGAAGAAUUCACGACGAGAGGUUUUGCUGUUAGCGGACGGACAUUAUUUCUGUAGGAAAAAAAGAAAUGUGAAGAAAAUGGUGUUAGUUUAAAAAGCAGUUUGCUCUGUUUCAGGCCUGCUUAGGGGCAGAAUUUAUCAUGAAAGUCUUAACGAUACGUUUGUCUACCGAAAUUCUCUGAAAACUGUACUGAAACUAUUUUGCUUUGGCGGUGCUUGGAAGUCUGACAAAAGUGAAAAGUUUUCCAUUAUACGUUCGUACUUAAUGGCGUAAAAUGGCACAAGAGUGAUGAUUUAUGGUAGAAAAAUAGAUUUUUUUUUCGCUUGCUGUAGUUUAGCGUUGUGCAAUUAGUGUUGAAUUUGUACGAAAAAAGCAACAGGACAACGAAUUCCGGCAUGAUGGAUGAAGUUCAAGUAAUUGAUUGUCCACCGACUCCGGAAAUUCUUCUGCCUUCCAGUACUCCGCCAUCCAGUUCCCUGCUGGAUAUGCUGGAUAGCUCUUCAUCGGCCGAGGAGGUAGAGGUUGGCUGUACCACCAGAACAGAAGAGGGAACAACCGAAAGUGGCCGCUUUUCGCCACCGCCCAAGUGCGCAAUUUGUCUGGGCAAGUGCCGUCAAAAAUGUUACACCGACUCGUGUCGUCAUCAAUUUUGCUAUCGCUGCCUGCUCGAAUGGAGUAAGAUCAAAGCCGAAUGUCCACUGUGUAAACAGGUCUUCCGGUCUAUUAUUUACAAACAGAAAAUGUUCGAUCGCUACGAGGAGCAAAUUAUUGGCAUUGUCCCACCAGCAUCUCCCCCAUUAGCUUCCAGCAGAGAAGGUGCAGGUGUUGGGCCAACGGGAAUGGGUUCAGCCCGAGCCCCACAAGUUUACCAUCGGUUGGAUUUUACUCUAUCGCAGACUCCCCGUUUCACGUAUAGUGCAACCCUUCGGGUACAACCGAGUCAAAGUGAAAGGCUGCAACAAUUGUUUUUGCAUCAAUCUGGAGACGUGCAGCGUUUCAGCCGUGAAUAUCCGGACGAUUCUAUUCCCUCCAGGCAAAAUGGACCAGAAUGGAGGAGGUAUAUUUACCAUCGAAGACUGCAUGCGAGACCACUGCCGGAUAUAAACGGUCGUUUGAGGGAGUGUAGCGCUGCUUUUUACAGGGAAAAUCCAGCUCAAAUUCACCGUCUCAUGCCAUGGGUCAAUCGGGAGCUCAUUGCACUGUGUCGUGGGAAUCCGUCACAAAUUACACUGAUUAUGGAAGAUUUUCCCAAUCUGCUCAUGACGCAUGACAUCAUAUCCCCGGCGUUCCGCGAGAGGCUCUCGUACUGGGGCCGCAGCAGAACAAUCCACUUUAUUCACGAGUUGUUGAAUUUUGCACGCUCUCCGUACGACAUGAUCGGUUAUGAUCGCAGUGUUCAGUACGAUCCCUACUAUAACAGUGUUGUCGUACUUUCUUCCUCUUCGUCAUCCUCGUCAGGAUCCUCCACAUCAUCCGUAUCCGAGGGUUCCGACGGAGAGGAUGAUGUUGUUAGGAUAGUCGAGCCGGUAGCAGGAACAUCGCGAAUGGUUGAAUCGGCCGGUGCCCCGAGUGGCAGCAGAAGAGGCCGAACGCAGUUCACCAUCGAGACGAGAUCAUCCGACCAGACCGUGAUAAUGACCGGCUCCUUUGGUGGGGCAGGAGUCAGUGGAAUUGUGUCCGUUUCCACCUCUGGUACGCAAACGAAUGGCAACGUAGGUGGAACCAGUACUAGCACCGGUUAUCCAGAUUUAUCACGAAUGCAUCCGUUGACGUCGUUACCCGCACCUGUUCCACUAAACCGCCUGGAUGAUGGAGUGAAUAUUUCCCUCUCAUCCAGCGAUAGUGAUGAUUGUAGGAUUGUCGGCGCAUUGAAACCGCCCCACUUGAGAACGCCGGAAAUGGUUAGUCUUGAGUCUGAAAGUGACAGCGAUGUUGUAUUUGUUAACGCCGAUGAAAAUCGCAGAGAAGACAUAGCUGCACUGGAAAGUGUUCCAGUGGAACAACAAUUGCAGGAAAAUGAUUAUAAGCAGCAGCAGCAAGGGUCAGCAAAAUUGGAAGAAUGCUCGGGCGCAUCUGCCUGUGAGUAUAACAAUGGCGCUUCGACUUCUUCCGGAGGAGGUGCGGCAUUUAUUGGAGCUGCUAGUGGUGUAUUCAAGAAAUACUACGCUAAACCUCGAUUAAAUAGACCUUCGAACGGUAUUGGUUUCAAGAGUAUCUACGAAGCUAGUGAGUCAUCCGAUAAAAGUGAAAACUCAUGCUCGCAAGCCAAUACCGACUCAUCUUAUCAUGUAGAUAACAAAGCUAACGUCCGCAACAAAGUAACAUCAUCCGGCCGUAGAAGAAAGGCCCCUAAACGCCGUGUAGCAACUCCAGCGGACACCAGUGACGAUAGUAGUGACCAGAGCUCAACUUCCGACGUGGAAGUUUCUCACAGUAGUAUCAGUUAUUCAAAUUCUAGUUUCUGCAGCUCCGGCAGUGAAAGCGACUUCAUACUUCGUAAAGCUACGAGGAUCGCUUUGAAAAACCGAGCAUCUAAAACGAAACGACGCAAAUUGCGCAGUUCCUCUAAGCGACGUCAAAGCAAGUUGAAAAACCGAUCCAAAGUGAAAAAGCAAAAAUCCUCUCCUAGCAGGUCCAGUCGCAAGCGCUCGAAACUAGCCCCCAAAUUGACGACGAACAGCUCAAUCGAACAGAAAACAAACGCUGCACCCUUAACGGAAUCUCUACCCAGUGGAAGCAAUACAUCACCCAAACCGAGUUUAAAUGAAUCAGCCAGAAAACGAAAACUCCGAAGUGCAGUCAUCAAACCAGACUCUACUGGUCCCGCGGCUCCGAAAAAAAGACGUAAAGUGCCCAUCUGUUCGGAAUUAAUCUCUAGCACAGACUUUUCUGCAGAAGAAGAUUCGCCCGUUCCAGCACCAGCAAAUGUUACUCAACCUUUACCGACACCGACACCCUCGGUAGCAGCACCAAAAUCUGGUGGGUCCUUGUCGUCGGACGUCUCGUCCGCAGGCGAUGCCACCGACAGCGAAGAGCAUACUAUCGCAUCACUUAUAGAUGAAGCCAAACGUCAGUCGACAGAAUUGGAUAAACAGUCUGACCGGCAGAACACUUCUACGGCAUCCACCGGUAGUAGUAGUAGCGGCAGCAGUAGUAGCAGUAGCAGCAGCAGCAGUAGUGGGAGCAGCAAUUCCUCCACUGCCACCUUCGGUUCCAACGAGUGCACCGUGGACACUUCAAUCAGCUAUACGCUCACGGCACCAUCGCAGCAGGAUCUGUCCGAUAAUCAACCCUCAUCGCAGGCCUCCGAUGAGGAAGCACCCGCAACAACGCAACUGAUCGCCGUCGGUGCCGAGGUGGAACUCUGAGAUUUGUUGAGAACCGUCAACUUUGAGGAGUGGUGAUCGGUACACAUAGAGCGUCGAACUCUGGCAGCAAAUGUUCAGUUUUGUUACGCCCGAUCAACACCUAAAGACGUCGUUAUGUGAUUCAUAAGUUAAACCCGCACAACCUGCUUCCUCAACAUGGAGGUCGCAAGCUGGUACUGCAUUGAAUCGAGUGAAAUUGUUCGUUUUAGGUCAGCAACCGGUAUGUUUAUGUAUGUAGUUAUUAUUUUUCCCUUGGCAACAGAGCAACUUCUUCGAGUUAAAUAGAAGAAAAUAAAAAACGGUUAGUCCUCGUAUACUGUGCACACAGGACUGUUCAGAAAAUAUUUGUAGCAUAUUAAAUGAACUGUAGUUUAUGAAUGAUUCAGACGAUGCAUCAUAUUUGAAUAUAGAUAUUAAGCAUAAGAGUUUGUUUCUCCGCUGUAGACUAAACAACGUUGGUGAAGCUGCCUGUAUAUUGCAACAUUAUUUUGUAAGAUACUAUCUAAAAAAAAUCAUUAAAGCUUUCUGCAAGCUCCCCCGCAAGAAGCAAAAAAUUACCCGAUAUAAGCAUCAACCGACAAACUUUAGCAACAACUUCUGAUAAAUAAUAAAAGGAUGCAUCUUUUGAUAUAUCAAA